CGCUUCCGGCAGAUCAGCCAGGAAGCAAAACUCGGGAGAGUUUGGACAAGGAAAGGAGGGGAGUAUUAGUGAAGGCUCGACCUGUAUUUACCGUAGCGAAACCAAACCAAAUUACCAGAACAUCUAAACAUUCAAACACAGAAAUGGGGAAGAUCACUUUUCAGCAGACUGGUGUUUUACAGAAAUCUGAGAAGGAUGAAAAAGAUGCGGAUAAAACCGAGAUACUAAUACCACUUCAGCAACAGCACGAGGAGCUGUCUGUCCCGGUGCGCACCAGGAAGGCCGCUGUCAAUGGGCUCUGCUGCAUGACCUUUGGCUUGGUUGUGUUAAUGUCAGGUCUGGUGUUGGCAUCCAUAUAUGUCUACAGAUACUAUUACAUCAGUCAGCAGUUUCCCCGGGAGAACUUGUUCCAAUGCAGGGUCCUGUAUGAAGACUCUGUUUACGCCCCCUUCAGGGGACGGCAGGAACUGGAGGAGAGCGUGGAGAUCAAUCUGGAGGACAAUUACGAGCAGAUUAACGUCCCAGUGCCUCAUUUCGGAGGAAGUGACGCAGCAGACAUUAUCCACGACUUCCACAGGGGUUUGACAGCUUACUAUGACAUUGCAUUGGACAAGUGCUACGUGAUAGAACUGAAUACCUCCAUAGUGAUGCCACCACGGAACCUCCGGGACCUGCUGAUUAAUGUCAGGAGGGGAACCUACCUCCCUCAGACCUACAUCAUCCAGGAGGAGAUGGUAGUGGUGGGACAGGUCCUCAGUGUCGAGCAGCUGGGGGUGUUCAUUGACCGACUGUGCGGCGGGAAGGAGACCUACAGGCUGAAGCACAGGAGCAGCAGACGACGCAUUGACAAGCGUGAGGCACGAAACUGCCACAGCAUCCGUCACCUUGAGAACACAUUUGUGGUGGAAACUCUCAUCUGUGAUCAGGCCUAAGGAUCUUUGCAAUGAGUAUCUCCCUGCUUGACACCACUUCUGCACACUGUAGCCAUCUCUUCUUACAUGUAAAGCUGAACGUUCACUUUAAGUGUCAAACUGGCCCUGUUAUGAUGCUGUACUGUACAGCUCCAGUUUAUCUUUGGUAGGUACUGAACAUGCACGCCUUUUCCUGUACUCUUAAACUUGCACCAUCUAUUGCAAGGCUUGUAUUUAUACAGUGUGCAAAAAUAAACCCCAGAAAAUGUCACAGGACUUUUUAGACUGCCCUUUGGUUAACACAAUUAGCAAAGUGUCAUUCAGCGAGAUGAGGUUAAUAUAAUAACAAGCAAUGUAAAAAAAAAAAAAAAAAAAGUGUACAGAUUACAAAAGCAUUGUUUCCUGUUCAAUUAACAGGUUUCUUUCUGUUUUAAUGCAUAGCUCAGGGAUAGAAAUUAUACCCCCAUUGCAUAGCAGUUUGAUGCAUUCCUGAUUUUACUAGGAGUUUAAUCACACACCUCAGUUUGUUACCUGUACACUGUGGCUAAUCAAGUUUGUAGCCGAUUUUAUCUCCAUCCCUGUAGCUGAUGACUGAAUGCAUGUAAAAGAGAAUCAGAACUCAGACAAUCUGCUGUAAGUGGUUAGGUUGCCUUGCAAAUAUGUACCUGUGAUUUACAAAUUACCUGUAAAACAGCUGCAAUAACAAUCCAGCAUGCUUACAGCCAAAGUGCAGUUUUUAUUUGAAUAUAUAUCUUUAUAAGGAGAAUCCUAAACUGUCUUUGAAUCCCGUUGAUGCUGUCACAUUACCUCAGCAAUGCUGUCAGUUCUUGUAUAGCCAAGGGGAGAAUAGCUGUACACAUUCACCAGUGUUGUUUAAAUUUAAGCCUUGCAUCUACUUUGUAAGUCAACUAAUCUUGUUCGCUGGCAAAUCAUACGUUUUUUGGGUUUUUUUUUGGACUGCAUGUGUUUAUCUCUCCAAAUCCUGCUUUCUAAAUCUGUUUUAUAUGACCAUGAAAAGCCUUGGUUCUGUAUUUAACUAAAGUAAUUGCUAUCAUAAGGGAACAAAAAAACACUGUAUGUCUAUAAUAUGGUCACCUCUUAGAUUGUAUAUUUCGUUUGCUAGUAAGGUGUAGUUAUGAAUAAAGGUGAAACCACUUCA